CUAUAUUACUCCGGGUAUUUGUCAUUUGGCAAUUCACAUUUAUUAACAACAUAUCUUUGGGAACUUUCUAUGCUCUUGAUUUACAAUCCCCUUUUCAAAAUUCAAAAAAUAUAUACGGAGUAUUUAAAAAUGAAAUCAAAAGAGUGAUAAAAUUUGAUUUUUGAGUGAGAAAAAUUUGAACUUGGACUCUUGGAGUACCUGAUUGAGCUAAUUCCAGAUCGGGCCGAAGCAUGGAAGCUUGUGGGUAAAUAUGGCGUCGUCGGCAUCAACUGGCAAUUCGAUGAAUAAAAUCGAGAGAGCUCACCAGAUGUACAGAGAGGGGAAGUACGAGGAAGCGCUGGAGUUUUAUACAGAUGCGCUUUCUCUGGCCAAGACCAAACCCCAGAAGAUCGCCCUCCACAGUAAUCGAGCCGCUUGUUUUCUGAAACUUCUCCUUUUCAACAAGGUGAUUGCUUGCUUUACACCAAGUACUUAUACCCGGAUUUGGUUGAUUAUCUUUUAUUUUUGGGAUGUCUCGAAUUAGUCGAGCAAUUAUUACUCUUUUUUGGAGAAUGAAGAUAUGAAUUGCCU